CGGCCGCACUAAAGAGGGCCGACAUGGCGGCGGCGGCGGCUUCGCUUCGCCGAUCGGUGCUAGGCCCGCGGGGCAUGGGGCUUCCAGGUGCAAGUGCUCCGGGCCUGCUGGGCGGCGCGCGGCCCCGGCAUCUUCCAUUACGGACACCGCAGGGUCCCCGCUGACCGGCCGGCACACUCGGGAAGCCAGUCUGGGUGCCCACGCCUUGGAGCCAUAGGGCAUGUUGCUCUGAGCCCAGGGUCCGACUGUGGUGGGGUCGGGACGGGAGAUUCCUGCGAAGGGCUCGCCCAGAACGACUCCCGAAGCCGGCUGUCUUGACCUGGCCGAUGUCCUGAAGUGACCCCAGCCUGACCUCAGCGGGCUGCGGGUGACCUUGGUCUGCUGCAGUACUCUUGGUCUUAGGCCUGUCUCUUGGUUUAAGUACCACAAGCAUUCUUCAUUUGCCCUACAGAGCCGAGCUGUGGCCGAGGAGUGGGCAUAGUGUUCCUUUGGCGCUCUGUGGGCGGUGGUGGCCAGUGCUGGGUGGAGGUUGAGCAUAAGAGAUGGGCGCUUAUUCAGAUCCCCAGGUGGUCUGGUGGGGUCUUGGCAGGUGCUGAGCGGGGCUCUUGCAGGCAGUGUCCUUGUCCUCGAAGUCUGGCCCUUCUCGAGGCCGAAAGGUGAUGCUGUCAGCGUUGGGCAUGCUGGCAGCAGGGGGUGCAGGGCUAGCUGUGGCCCUUCAUUCGGCGGUGAGUGCCAGUGACCUGGAGCUGCACCCCCCCAGCUACCCAUGGUCUCACCGUGGCCUCCUCUCCUCCUUGGACCACACCAGCAUUCGUAGGGGUUUCCAGGUAUACAAGCAGGUGUGCUCUUCCUGCCACAGCAUGGAUUAUGUGGCUUACCGCCACCUGGUGGGAGUGUGCUACACGGAGGAAGAAGCUAAGGCGCUGGCUGAGGAGGUGGAGGUCCAGGAUGGCCCUAAUGAGGAUGGGAAGAUGUUCAUGCGGCCAGGGAAGCUGUCUGACUAUUUUCCAAAACCAUACCCCAACCCUGAGGCUGCAAGAGCUGCUAACAAUGGAGCUUUACCCCCUGACCUCAGCUACAUCGUUCGAGCAAGGCACGGUGGUGAGGACUAUGUGUUUUCCUUGCUCACUGGCUACUGUGAACCUCCCACUGGGGUGUCAUUGCGAGAAGGCCUCUAUUUCAACCCUUACUUUCCUGGCCAGGCCAUUGGCAUGGCUCCUCCCAUCUACACAGAAGUCUUGGAGUAUGAUGAUGGUACCCCAGCUACCAUGUCACAAGUAGCCAAGGAUGUUGCCACCUUCCUUCGCUGGGCAUCAGAGCCAGAGCAUGACCAUCGAAAACGCAUGGGACUCAAGAUGUUGUUGAUGAUGGGCUUGCUGCUGCCCCUGACCUAUGCCAUGAAGCGGCAUAAGUGGUCAGUCCUGAAGAGUCGAAAGCUGGCUUAUCGGCCACCCAAGUGACCCUGUUCAGUAUCUGCUUGUCAUCUUGCCUGAACAAGCUCUCAGCAGACCAGGAACAGUCCAAGGCCUUUCAGGCCUGGCCCCUUUUCAUCAGAUACCAGGGCCAGGAGACCAGACUCUUGCUUCUGAUCUUCCUUUAGCCUUCAUUGUGGGAAUAAAUUAAGUUUCUCAACACACA